AUGGCACUUCCUUGCAGCCGCGGUAAUUUCCAGCCACCGUGGCGCGCACAAGUCACGGCGGUCAAUCGAGCUCGCCUUUAAGCCGUCGAAGCUGGCUCGUUGGGAAAUUGAUACCCACCGAUACCGAUUGAUACCCACUCACUUACAUCUCUGCCUCUCGAUCGAGACGACACUCGCAGACAGAUUCUCUAGAUCGUUUAAACGUAACUUUGUGAAAAAAGGAGAGGCAGUGUGAAGUGACUUGGGUUGCGACGGUGACUUUCGAGACAAAGGAAAGAGAAAUUCAGAUUGAAGUUUGGAGUGAAGAUCGCGCCAGUUUCGAGGAAACGACGUCGAUCUCCAAGCGAGAUUCCCCUGGCGAAAAUUUCGUCGUCCCCGGUGGAAUUUCGGUGAAAAUUGAGUUCUCAGUGCUAGAUCAACGUACGAGGCCAAGCUGCGUUCUCUGGAACCGAGAUGACGAUUUAUUUACAGAUAUUUAUUUACAGACCGUAAAAUAGAAUUCCGGGUGAAAUCUAUUUGCGCCGCGUAUAUUAACGUCCCGGCUGACUCGCCAAAAAUAUCGGUUAAAUGGGUACUAAAUCGAAGUUUAAUUAUGCAAAAUGCUGUCGGCGAACAGUUAUCCGCCCCCGAUCAUAAUUACCCCGGAUUCAUGACUUUGUACCGCAGCGAGGGUGUUGCGGAGUCUGCUUUGGUCGACGACACCCUCAACGGAAAUCCUUCGUCGUCGUCUUCCUCGAUUCUGCCUCCCGUUCAGUCAGCAUCCGCGGACACGGUCGACGCUGCGAAUCUAACCGAUUCGAGAAAUGCGAGCAAUCGUGGGAUAACACGUGGAUGGAACUGGCGUUACAGCUAUUGCGAGAAAGCGGAUAACGAAACGACAGAGAUGGGUGGCGUUCCGCACGUGGAUGGUGGACUGAACAGCGAGCUGUACGCCGUCCCUGUGAAACGGAGACAGCCCAAGGAUCAAAAGAACAACGCUGCCCUGCAGAAUAACAGCCAGGAGAAGCCGGCGGAGGUGGACACCGCCGAUUCCGAGGACAAAGAUGAGAAUCUGCCACCUGGAUGGCAGAAACACGAGGACGAGAAUGGGCCCUAUUAUUGGCACGUUAAAAGCGGAAAUAUACAAAGAGAGCCUCCAGAGGCGCCUCUGCACUCCAAGAGGGAAUCACGCAGGAGUCUGAUCAAGGACAACGAUAGCAUAAACAAUUUCCACACUCUAAGCGGCAUGGUGAACACCGUUACCCGCAGUAACACAAGCUCGGCCCUGGAUCAGGAGCUGGAAAACAAGAGGAAAGUGGAACUGGCUCUCAAACGAAGGAGCUAUCCGGCACGAGCGGACUCCGAGGGCAGGGACAAACCUAUCAGAUUCGCCGUACGUUCUCUCGGAUGGACGGAAAUCGCCGAGGAGGAUCUGACGCCUGAAAGAAGCAGCAAGGCUGUCAAUAAGUGUAUCGUAGACUUGUCUCUUGGUAGAAACGAUCUUCUCGACGUGGUUGGACGAUGGGGCGACGGCAAGGAUCUAUUUAUGGAUCUGGACGAAGGUGCUCUGAAAUUGAUAGACCCGGAGAACCUUACCGUACUCAACACACAGCCGAUUCAUACGGUGAGGGUGUGGGGUGUUGGCAGAGACCACUGCCGGGACUUUGCUUACGUGGCAAGAGACAGAUCGACCCGGAAACACAUGUGCCACGUGUUCCGUUGCGACAUCCCGGCGCGCACGAUCGCCAACACGCUGCGCGACAUUUGCAAGAAGAUCAUGAUCGAGCGAUCGCAACACCAGAACCUCGCGAAACCGGUGGACAUCAACGGGCGAACGAGCCUGGCCACUAGGCCGACUAAUCUGCCGACGGAACACCGGCGUUUCCACAGAAACGGACAAGCGCUAGUCACGCAAUCGUUCCCAACGCCGAUGGAAGAGCCGAAGAAAGUGCUGCGGGCACAAUAUCUCGGAUCGAUGCAAGUUUCUCAAGCAACUGGAAUGGAGGUGCUGAACGACGCGAUAGAUCACAUUGUGGCUAACACGCCGAUCAAUCAGUGGCGGAACGUGAACGUUGCAGUCGCGCCCAGUAUGAUCUCCAUCCUAACGCCGAACGAGGAGAAACUCAUCACCGAGUGCCGCGUACGUUAUCUGUCGUUCCUCGGUAUCGGUCGCAACGUGAAACAGUGCGCCUUCAUAAUGCACACCGCGCAGGAUCUCUUUAUCGCACACGUCUUCAACUGCGAGCCUAGCAGCGGGGCCCUGUGCAAAACCAUCGAAGCUGCCUGCAAGCUGAGGUACCAGAAAUGCUUAGACGCACAUCCGCAAGGCUUUAGAAACGCCAGCAGCUUGAACACUCCGAGCGGGAAGGGUCUCGGCGCCACCUUGAAAUCUCUGGUCGGCUCACUGACUGGACGUAGGAGCAAGCAGGUCGCCCCUGACCUUGAAGUACUUCAGCGGAUCGCCGCCAAGCGCGUCGCUCAGGUCACUCCUUUCGCCUUCCCUGGACAACAGGCGUAUUCAACUGGCCCGUUGGGAGAGCAAUCCUUAAGAGGAUGCUCUAUGGCCGCAGGUUACGUCGACUCUCGACGAGGAAGAACGGCAAAAAGAAGAACGAAAAAGACGAGAAAUGAAAGAGGAAAAACAAAGGAUCGUAUUCUUACGUUAACGACUGAAUCGUGA